AUGCAAGACCGGGCGGGGAGAGCUCGUCUCCCGCCGACCAAGACCAUCGUUGUCUACAAGAACGGAGACGCCUUUUUCACCGGGAAAAAACGGGUCCUGAACCCGCGCCACCUCUCGACCUUUGACAACUUUUUGACCUCUUUGACCGAGGAGCUCGCGGCUCCGUUCGGCGCCGUGAGGAGGCUGCACACGCCCACGGAGGGCCACAGGGUCCACGGCCUGGACGACCUGAAGCACCGGGGGGUCUACGUCGCGGCCGGAAAUGAGAAGUUCAAAAGACUUGACUAUUGUAAGAUAGCAACAACCAAGAAGCCAGAAACUAUGAAAGAAGAACAGAUUCGUCCCGUUGUUCACAGCAGAAUAGUAGCUCCUGCACGCUUUGGGAGAAUUAAAGAGUCAUGCACCAUAAAUGUUUUCAUCAACGGCAAUUUAUCGGUUGAUCCUGUUCGAAUACGGAUCCCAAAAUAUACUCUGAGAAGCUGGGAAAGUGUUUUAGCCAUGGUCACGGAGAAAGUGCGUCUUCGGACUGGUGCCGUGUACAGGCUUUGUACAUUAGAUGGGCGCCCUGUCUCCGACCUCGCUGAACUGGAGAACAACCGCUACUACGUUGCAGUUGGUGCCAAAAAGUUUCAAAAUCUCCCAUAUGUUCACUGCAUCCCCUUCAACGAUCGUAUAAGGAAAAAUAACGUGGUCGAAGGGUAUAACACCUAAUGAUUUUGCAAUGACAUACUGCCGGUGGUUAAAAAGACAAGCCACCCAAAGGAUAAGUUUGCUCACACAGGCUUUAGAGAGGACCUUGAGCACACAGCCAGGGGCCAGAUGGAGAAAGAAGCCCAACACAACACAACCAAACAACAGGAGCAGGUGUCCAGGAACCCAGUUCUCUCCUCCACAUGGGAGGGCAGCGUGUUCAAUGCACAAAACAAAAGAAGUGAGCUGGCAGGAGCAACGGAGGUGCAGGAAGACGGCCAGUUGAAGGCAGACCUGCCUAUUGAUCAGGUCGAGGCCAAGAUGGUUGACGAGGAGUGUGUGGAUGGCAGCCGCUCUGCGAGUCCCCGCGAGGCCUCCCGGCGUGGUUCAAACAGCUUGUUUCUUCCGAGGGUUUUGUCCGCAAGUUCCAGGAAAAAUGAGGCCGAAGCGAUGGAGGCAUGUUCCAGGCUCGGCGGAAUACAGUCACGGGUGCGCCGGUUUUUCAAGGGUAGGUUCAUCAAAGCAUAA